AUGAUGAUGUCUCUCGAUGGCUUUGCCCUGGUCGUGAGUGCGGAAGGCAUGAUAUUUUAUGCGUCAGCAACGAUCGUGGACUAUCUGGGCUUCCACCAGACGGACGUGAUGCACCAGAACAUCUAUGACUAUAUCCACGUGGAUGACCGCCAGGACUUCUGCCGGCAGCUGCACUGGGCCAUGGACCCUCCCCAGGCGGUGUUUGGCAGCCCCUGCACUCAGACACAGGUGGGUCUUCGGGUCCCCAGUGAGCCUGAGACUUGGGGCCGUUCCUGGAAAGGCGUGGGCGCCUCCGGAGAACUGACCACCAUCCGUUCUCGUCCUGCUUCGCCUUCCUUG